GCGCGCGACUCAGGUGUGUCUCACCUGCUCGGGAAGACAAGCGACAAACCAAUGAGAGCGCGCGCCUGUGACGUCACUCAGGGGCAAAGGAUGGAAGAACAGCUGGAUCAGUCCACCUGCAGUCAGUCAGGCUGUCAGACUGUGAGUGAAGGGGCGGGGUCUACGGAUGGGGGCGUGGCCAACCUGUGGACCUCGUUCUGUAACGAUGUGCUGAUGAGAGGAGGAGAGGAGUUGACCUACGAAGAGCUGCGAGCAGAAAGACACAACCAGCGGAAGCAGGAGAAGGUGGAAGAGAAGAUGAGAAGUCUGAAGGAGGAAGAGGAGUGGCUCAGUCAGCAGCUGGAGGAGAAGAUGAAGCUCUUGAAGCUCAUGGCCAAUCAGGAGGUCCUGGACUCCGGUGAACCUACCAGCACCGCUUCCUUCCAGAUAUAUGAUGAGUCAGCUCCUGCAAGGCCUGCUGGGAACUCUGAGGCGUCUUCAGAUGAGCUGAUGGACGACGUCUUCCUGCAUCCUGAGGAGAGAGGACUCAACGUGAAGGUCCAGUCGCAGACAGCUGAUCUCUUGGGGUUCACCGCCUCAGGCCAGCAGGACCGGACCACAGAAGACCUCCACACUCUGCCAGGCUACCAGGGAGCCGUGUCCAAAACCGGAAAGGCUCUGAGUCCCAUCGAAGAGGCCAGUAGGGAGGCUGGAUCCAUGAACUCUCAGUCAAGUGAAAACUGCAGUCCACUGAACCUGAACCAGAACCAGAACCAGCUGGAUCAGGGCCAAGAGGACCUGGAUCACACUGCUGCUUCUUGAGUCAGCUAGUUGUAAAGUGGUGGCUCUGCUGCAGCUGGUUUUGGAGCUUCACUCCUGCAGGCUGGUGCAUGCGGCGCUGCAGCCCAGCAUCCUGACCUGCUCCUACAUAUUUUUCCAGGACUCUGACUGGAUUAUCCCAGUGGACUGGUCAUCCUCGAUAGACCUGGACCUCCAGCCAGACGUCACCUCAGUCCAGCAGCUCCCUUCAGCUCAGACCUACAUCAGACUGGGUCUCCUCCAGCCGACCGACCCCCCACACCUGGUGGACCUGGUGGGCGUGGCCGAAACUGUCCACUUCUUCCUAACAAAAAGCAGGAUGGUCCCAGUGAGAGACGCCAGCGGCUGGACGGCAGAGCGGUUCUGUGGAGACGAGCCUUGUGACGUGGUCGGCACCACUUGGAGGAAGUGUUUCCGCUCGCUGCUGAACGCCGGCGGACGCUCGUCUCUGUCCAUCCUGUCGGAGCUGAAGGAGCAGGUGUCCUCACUUUUCCUGUGAAACACAAACAUGUCGUCUUUGUCUUUUUUAAUGUUCUUCAAGUAAAUAAACGUUAAGCUGAUUUUCAUACCA